CAUCAUAAAACCCCGCGGCGACACACCCCACCCAACUGACCGCUCCCUCCGCCCACAGCAUAUUCCUCCAAAUCUCGCCACCAGCGCCACCUCACCGGCAACCGCAUCGCAUCGCAUGGCGGCCGCGGCGGUGGCCUCCAACGGGGGCGCGGCGCCCGUGCCCGGGCGCCUCGCGUCCGUGUACAGCGAGGUGCAGACGAGCCGCAUCGCGCACAUGCUGCCCCUCCCCUCCGUCCUCCGCUCCCACUUCACCCUCGCCGACGGGCCCGCCAGCACCGCAGCGGGGAGCCCCGAUGAGAUCGCCAAGCUGUUCCCCUGCCUCUACGGCCAGCCGUCGGCCUCCGUCGUGCCGACCGCCGAGCCGGUCGCGUCGAAGCCGCUCAAGAUCGGCGUCGUGCUCUCGGGCGGCCAGGCGCCGGGCGGGCACAAUGUGAUCUGCGGCAUCUUUGAUUACCUGCAGGAGCGUGCCAAAGGCAGCACCAUGUAUGGAUUCAAGGGAGGCCCAGCUGGUGUCAUGAAGGGCAAGUACGUCGAGCUGACUGCUGAUUUCGUGUACCCCUACAGAAACCAGGGUGGAUUCGAUAUGAUCUGCAGUGGAAGGGACAAGAUUGAAACACCAGAGCAGUUCAAGCAAGCUGAAGACACAGUCAACAGACUUGAUUUGGAUGGACUUGUUGUCAUUGGUGGUGAUGAUUCAAACACUAAUGCAUGCCUCCUUGGUGAAUACUUCAGGGGAAGGAACUUGAAGACUCGUGUUAUUGGUUGCCCAAAGACUAUUGAUGGAGAUCUGAAAUGCAAGGAGGUCCCAACAAGCUUUGGAUUUGACACUGCUUGCAAGAUAUACUCCGAAAUGAUUGGCAAUGUCAUGACUGAUGCACGGUCAACAGGCAAAUACUACCACUUUGUGAGGCUUAUGGGUCGUGCUGCUUCUCACAUUACACUAGAGUGUGCUCUACAGACACACCCUAAUGUUGCACUCAUCGGUGAAGAGGUUGCUGAGAAGAAGGAAACACUCAAGAAUGUCACAGACUACAUUACCGAUGUUGUUUGCAAACGUGCAGAACUUGGUUACAACUAUGGAGUUGUCCUAAUACCAGAGGGCCUGAUUGAUUUCAUCCCAGAGAUUCAAAAACUCAUUGCGGAAUUGAAUGAAAUUUUGGCGCAUGACGUUGUUGACGAGGCAGGGGCUUGGAAAAGCAAGCUUGAACCAGCAUCUAGGCAGUUGUUUGACUUCCUGCCCAAAACCAUUCAGGAGCAGCUUUUGCUUGAAAGAGAUCCACAUGGCAAUGUUCAGGUUGCGAAAAUUGAAACUGAGAAAAUGCUUAUUGCCAUGGUUGAAACUGAAUUGGAGAAGAGAAGAGCGGCGGGGAAGUACUCUGCACAUUUCAGAGGCCAGUCUCACUUCUUUGGAUAUGAAGGAAGGUGCGGCCUCCCUACCAAUUUUGAUUCCAGCUAUUGCUAUGCAUUAGGCUAUGGUGCUGGUGCUCUUCUCCAGUUUGGCAAGACAGGACUUAUCUCGUCGGUUGGUAACCUGGCUGCUCCUGUGGAACAAUGGACUGUUGGAGGAACUGCACUGACUGCGUUGAUGGAUGUUGAGAGGAGGCAUGGCAAGUUCAAGCCAGUGAUCAAGAAGGCUAUGGUUGAGCUUGAUGCUGCGCCAUUUAAGAAGUUUGCCUCGAUGCGGGAUGAAUGGGCCAUCAAGAACCGAUACAUCAGCCCCGGUCCCAUCCAGUUCAGCGGCCCUGGAAGCGACGCCUCGAACCACACCUUGAUGUUGGAGCUCGGCGCCGAGAUAUAGAGAGCGGAUGUAGAGUGCAUCUCUUUGAAAUUUUCUUCUUGUUCCUUGCAGUUUUGAGAGUGGAGAACAAACCUCCCAGAGCGGAGCGACAGUCUCCGCAUUGUGGAAUGUUUAAUAAGAUGUUGAGUUGGAGUGGGUUAAGUGGACGUCGUAAUAACUGAUUCUAGCUUUUCUA